AUUGGGGCUUGGAAGAAUGGAAUCUGACGGAAGGCAUGACAUGAAGCACGCGAGCGUGCCAAAACUCCGUCCAGGUUCAAUAAUCUUCCCUCCCUCAACAGCCAUCACACAAACCUUUAUAAGCAAACCCUUCCUUCUUCAAAAUUUCUCACAUCAUCACACUUUUUCAUUUUCCAAAAUUACUACUCACAACUUUCAUUAUUACAUUAUUAUUCUUCAUGGCCCUUUCAGUCUCUUCUUCAAUCUCCAUUUCAACUUCCACCUUUCAAUCAUCCCAACCCAAACUUCCACAAAUUGGUUCAAUUAGGGUUUUGGAUAGACCUUAUGAUGGAGUAGUAGGUGUUAAAUUAUCUCAACCACGGAGGAGAUUCGUAAAACCGAUCAAUGCAGCAGAUUCCUCUCUUCCUAUCAUUGCUUCCGAGGCUAUUAAGACCGAAGAGGUUGAUUUUGAACAAUUAGCAUCACAACUUGAGAAUGCUACUCCUCUUGAAAUAAUGGAUAGAGCCCUUGCUAAAUUUGGCAAUGACAUUGCUAUUGCCUUCAGUGGUGCUGAAGAUGUUGCUUUGAUUGAGUAUGCACGUUUGACGGGUCGGCCUUUUAGGGUAUUCAGUCUUGACACUGGGAGAUUGAAUCCUGAAACUUAUCGAUAUUUCGAGGCUGUUGAGAAGCAUUAUGGAAUCCGCAUUGAGUACAUGUUCCCUGAUGCUGUUGAGGUUCAGGCAUUGGUUAGAAGUAAGGGGUUGUUUUCGUUCUAUGAGGAUGGACAUCAGGAGUGUUGCAGAGUGAGGAAGGUGAGACCUUUAAGAAGGGCACUUAAGGGUCUCAGAGCAUGGAUAACUGGGCAGAGAAAAGAUCAGUCCCCUGGUACUAGGUCUGAAAUACCUGUUGUUCAGGUUGAUCCUGCUUUUGAGGGGAUUGACGGUGGAACCGGGAGCUUGAUAAAAUGGAACCCUGUUGCAAAUAUGAAAGGAAAUGAUAUAUGGAACUUCCUUAGGACCAUGAAUGUGCCUGUAAAUUCUUUGCACUCACAGGGAUAUAUUUCAAUUGGAUGUGAACCGUGCACGAGGGCUGUUUUACCCGGACAACAUGAAAGAGAAGGUAGGUGGUGGUGGGAGGAUGCCAAAGCUAAGGAGUGUGGUCUUCACAAAGGAAAUAUAAAGCAGGAAGAUGAUGCUCAUCUUAAUGGAAAUGGUGUUGUUCAUGCAAAUGGUACUGCCACUGUCGCAGACAUUUUCAAUACUCAGAAUGUGGUUAGCUUGAGUAGGACUGGAAUUGAGAAUUUGAUAAGAUUGGAAAACCGAAGAAAACCAUGGCUUGUUGUGCUAUAUGCACCAUGGUGUCCCUACUGCCAGGAUAUGGAGGAAUCUUAUGUUGAUUUGGCAGAGAAGUUAGCAGGGUCAGGGGUGAAGGUUGGAAAGUUUAGAGCUGAUGGAGAUCAAAAAGAAUUUGCAAAGCAUGAACUGAAAUUGGGAAGCUUCCCCACAAUAUUAUUUUUCCCAGAACAUUCAUCACAGCCAAUAAAGUAUCCCUCCGAAAAGAGAGAUGUUGAUUCAUUGAUGGCAUUUGUAAAUGCAUUAAGAUGAGAGUUAUCUAGAAAUUCUUAUUGUUUGGGUUGCAAUCCAACUGAAUACUCUCCUAGAAAUUCUUUAGUUUUUGGCAAAAUAACAUGUGGCAUCUCUUGAAUAGUUUGUAACACCAUAGUGUGGAGUAGUAUAUUGGUAGUUAGUUUGUAGGUGAGCAACUGAUUUCAUGUUUUAAAGUGAAAAGAGAGUAUUUAGUGUGCAUUAUCAGUUGGCAAUCUGAGGGAACAUAAUGAUUGUUAUUUCAAAUAUAAGAGUACUAUCUUGGGGUCCA